AGACAAUAAAAAAAAAAAAAGAAAAUAAAAAAAAUAAAUUAAAAUAAAAAAACAUUUGUCAAGUUUAUUGUUGAUAAUAAUCGGUAUGUUUUAACAAUAACCACAAAAUGAUUAAACAUGACAAUUAAAUUAUGAAAUAUAAUUUAAACAACAACAUGUAAUAGACUACAUAUUAUUUUUCUUUUAAAAAAUAUAAAUUAUAAACAACAAUGGCGCAGUCAAUAUUUGACGCACUAACAGGUGUCUCCCUUGACAGUUCAACUGUUCAAUCAUUAUUGGAUUCUCAGUCAUUGAUCACUGAAGUAGAACAGUCAGCAAUUGAUCAAGAUGACGAAGAUAUAUUUCAAUGUGGUAAAUGUAAAUGUCAAUUUACAUCAUUUCAUAUGUUUUUAAUUCAUAAACGUGAACAUAUUAAAGACACAGUUGAUCUAAGUCAGUAUUUAGUUAGUAAUAAUAAUCAAGUACAAGUACAUAUUGAUAAUUCACAUCAGUAUAAUCCUCAGGAAACAUUUAUUCAAAAUGACCAAUUAAAUGAACCAAUAAUACUUGAAGAAACAGAUAUGUUAUUUAAUAUUGAUCAAGACAGUGAUAAUUAUUUAACACAAGAUACUAAUUUUAAUGUACCAAUUAUAUUGAGCAAUGAUAAUCUUGAUAAUUUUACAAAUUCAACACAAACAAUAAGCAAUGAUAGUAAUAAUAAUGAUGAUGAUGAUGAUGAUGAUUUAAUUAAAAAUACAAUAACAACAAAUGACAAUGAUAUUAUUAUAAAUAAUCAUCAGGCAUUACAAAUAAAUUCAACACAAAAUAAUGAUGAUUGUUAUAAUUUAACAAGACAAGAUGUCAUACCAAUUGUUGAUGAUAAUAUUGAUCAACAUGAUGUUGUUGAUGAUGAUGAUAUAAAUAAAAUAACAACAACGACAACAACAACAACAACAACAGUACAAAAUUUUAAAUACAAAUGUAAUUAUUGUAAUAAACAAUUUGCUAAAAAAUUUUAUUGGCAACAACAUGAACGUUCACAUACUGGUGAAAAACCAUAUCAGUGUGUUGUUUGUGGACGUGCAUUUGCACAAAAAUCAAAUGUUAAAAAACACAUGUCAUCACAUAAAGUAUGGCCAGGUACAGCAAUACAUUCAUUACCACCAGAUGCACCAGCUGAUGGUAGUAUUGAUCGUACAUAUCAUUGUCAAUUUUGUAAAGAAAUAUUUGAUUCAUAUAAAACAUUAAAAGGACAUUUAAUAAUAUCACAUAUGGCAUUAAAAGUAUAUAAAUGUGUACAAACAAGUUGUAGUAUGAUGUUUUCUGAUCUUGAUGAAUUUUUAGAACAUACUAGAAAUCAUAAAAGAUCAGAAUAUCGUUGUCAUGUUUGUGCACAAGUAUUUAAUACAUUAUCAGAUUUAGGUAAUCAUCAAUAUGUACAUACUGUACAAAAACAAAAAACAACUGAAAAAUAUUAUUGUUGUAGUAUUUGUAAAUCAUCAUUUUCAAAUAUUGAAGCAUUACAACAUCAUACUGAAACAACAACACAUAAUUAUGUUUGUUCAUAUUGUGGUAAAAGUUUUUUAAUUGAAAGAUUUUUACGAAGACAUUUAAAAACUCAUGUUUCAUCAGCUAGAUUUACAUGUGAAGAUUGUGGUAAAGCAUUUAAAACUGAACAAUAUUUAUCAAAUCAUAAGCUUAUUCAUAGUGAAGAGACACCAUUUAUUUGUACACAAUGUCCAGCUCGUUUCAAGAGGAAAGAUCGUUUGGGUCGUCAUUUAUUAAUUCAUGAUUUAACAAAAAGAUUAAAGUGUCCAUUUCGUGGAUAUCUUGGCUGUAUGAGUGAAUUUUCAAGACCAGAUAAAUUAAAAAGGCAUUUAUUAACACACAGUAAUAUUAAAAAAUUUAGCUGUAAUCAUUGUAAUAAAAAUUUCCAUCGUGCUCAAGCACUUAAACAUCAUGAAAUGAGUAAACACAAUCUCAAAUGUGACAUUUGUUCUCAGAAUUUUAAAAAUAAAGAUCAAUUAAUUGCUCAUAAUUGUGAUCAAGCAGUUGAAAAUAAAAAAAAAGAUAAUUUACAAUUAUCUAAUAAAAAAAAUGGUACAAUUAAUAAACCAAAAAAAACAACAACAAAACGUCAAAUAUCAAAUAAAAAUAUUCAAACAAAUGAUGAAGAUGAUAAAUUAAUAAAAAUUGAAGAUUUGGAUAAACGUAUUAUAUCACCAGAUGAUUUACAUUUAAGUGAUUUUGAUGAUGAAUCAUGUGAAAAAAAAUCACUGGUUGAUUUUUCAAUAACACGAGAUAUCAAUUCAACAAUUGAAGCAUUAAUGCAAUCAGAUUUACCAGGUGAAGAUAUUAAAUCAAUUGAUUUUCAAUUGAUACAGCAUUCUCCAAACAUUGAUUAAACAAAAUAACAUUUUUUUUUUUUAUUCUAUAUAUAUAUAUCUAAAGAUAAAUAUGUAUGUUUGUAUGUGUAAGUGUAUUUAUAAUUUUCUUUUUGAAGCAAAAGAAAAAAAUAGCUUCCUUAUAGACAAAAAAAAUAUUAACAAUUUUAUUAGUAGAUUGUAAAUUUAUUGCCAUUUAAAGUGCAAUAAAUGUUUUAAUUUUUUUUAGUAAUUUUAAGGAUCUUGUUGACCAGGCAAGGAGGAACAUUAUUGAUCAUUUAUUUUCUUUUUUUUUUAGUUUGUUUUAGAUAUAACAAUUUUGUAGUUAAAUCUGUGAUAAUUAUUGUAUUAAAAAUACACAUAUAAUUAUAAUUUUCAUUUAAAAAAAACCUGAUUAUCAUGAUAAAAAAAAUUAUUAUUUAUUAUUUAUUUUGUUAUAUUAUUAUAAAAUGAAUUUAUCAAUUUUAUAAAUUAUCAUUUUUAAUUUUUAUGUGAGGUUUUACUUUUAUUUAAAAAAAAAAAAGAAAUUGAUGUUUAAAAAAAAAUUUUAAUGUAAUUUUUUUUUUAGGGUAGAAAAUAAUAGUUGAUAAGGUAAAAAAAAAUUUGAUUGUUUGUAGUUUAAAAUUGUCUUGAAAUGUUCUUAAAUCAAACUUUUAAUAAAAAUAAUUUUUAAAUAAAUAAUAAA